AUGAACAGAAAUAUUUCUCGAGGCUUAAACAUGCUGACACAGUUGCGCUCAUACGAGCCCCCAAAAUGGGCUUCUUCACUGAAAGAUAUUCCACAAUUCUUUGUUCAAGUAAGUAAUUUUGAUAUAACUUGUUAAAGUUUCGCUUUGACGUCCCUUAUUUUUACCUUGUCCACCACUCGCACAAUCUAAAUUUAGUUCCAACUUAGGGUUGAUUUCCAGUGUCGUGUAAUUUUCACGAGCAACUAAAUUGAGCCAAGCAUGAAAGGUCGCUCGAUCGUAAGCGUAACCGUUGAACCUCGCUCAACUUCUCGUUUAAGCUCAGCACUUUUUGUCUUGCCUCUAUUUUAUUUACGUGAUUAAAAUUUACCUGCGUUAUGCAUCAGUCAAUUCCAGCUGCGCCCAGCCCCCCUCCUCCCCGGGCUUACCCCCGGGCAUUAGCAUUUUUUUUACGUUGGAUGGCAGAUUCCCAUUGGAGGGGAAAAAGAGGGCAAAUACCCUGUCCUCAGUCAACAUUGCAACAUUUUUCAUUGAUUGCACAGUCGAAUAGUGCCGUUUUAAAACACUUUAAUGUGCACUUUUUUUGUUUCAAGUAACGUCUUCCUUUGUAAUAGCGCUAGAAUUCUGAUUAAGACUUCACGUUGUGACGACAUGCACCAGUUUAUGGUUUUAGUAUUGAUUUAAAAAAUAUAUAAAAAAACAGGCCUUUACAACCCCCUGUCCUUGACAGAUGAGCUAAUCUGCUUUUUUUUCAGUAAUAUCCUCUGUGUAGUUAUAUUCUGAUAGGAAACCAUGUGCAUCUUAAAAGCUCGGGAAUAGCCACGGGGUUGGCAGAUGCCCAGCCCCCGGGUGCAGCUGGAAUUGACUGAUGCAUUAACGUGCAUAGCCAAAAACGCAUCAGUGGAAAUCAACCUUAAGUCCUAACGAUGUUUUGUUUCUCCACUUACCGUUAAGCUUAUUAUCAGUUAACUUAUUUAAAAAUGCAAUGUUUUUUUAAGUACUGAAUAUUUUUUAUUGUCCCACACCUCCUUCCCUAGCUGCAUUUGAUUCACUCAAUGGGCCACUGGCACUAAGAGGUCACGUGACCAAUGCUUCCUUUAAACAAUGAGUUGGAAAUCUUGCUGAUGCCAAAAGUUGAGAGAGCACAUAAAAAUGAUCUUAUACCUGAAAUUUGAGACGAAACGCAUUUAAGGGAGAUAUUUUAUGGGACUUUGCUUUUUCAACAAAGUAGUAUGAUUUGUAUUGGCCCCAAUGUUGGAGGGCAUAUUCUUGCCCUCCAACAUGGCAGCCAAAACUACUUUUUGCUUAUAUUUUGUUAAAUGUUUGAUAGUUACGUAUGCUCAGAUGUGCAGUAAACGUUACCACAUCAUCUUUUCAAAAUUUUCCUUGAAGUCUAAGUGCAAAAUUUGUGUUCAGAAGGAGGAAAUUCAUAAAAAAAUCACAUUUUGGUCAGCAGUUACAAACUUACUCAUUUUAAGAAAAUAGUGUGAGUUUGAAAAACCAAAUCACUAUUAUUUUGUUUAAGAUAUGAGCCACUCUAAAACGUUUUGCAAAGGCAAAAUCAUAUAACUUUUAUUUUCAUAAAUACGAUGUCACAUGACCUCUUAGUGCAAAUGGCCUAUUCCUCAGCCUAAUGCACUUACCAGCGGGCAUCCCAAGGGGUCGCCCCCAAGGAACCCCUGCCAUUUGCACAAAGCUGUUUGCAUCCCCCCUGUUGUCCCCCCUGGGGGGGGAGGGUAACAGUUGAUUCAGACUCUUCAGAUAAAGCCUCGCGUCAUAAAGUUUAGUAUUUGAAAGGACUUCCCGAUUGUAGUAAAAUUUUCCUUUAUGUCUUUUUUUGACUUAAAAUGCCUCUUUUUUUUGGUACAGCUGUAAGGGAAAGUUAAAAAACUAAGAAAAACAACAACAAUAACCAAAUGCUUUUCGUCCCUGCCAGUUUCAUUUUUUGAGGCAGCCUAGCUGUAACCAGGGAUGAGGUAGUCUUUAUUCCCUUUUUCUUUGGAAGGUGAUAGGAGUCAUGAUCUGCCUGUAGUCCAAAAUCUGGACUUUUGUUUGAUUGGCCUUCCACCAAGAUACAUUUAUCUUAUCGUUAUAUAAUGGUACCUGAUGAUGGGUGGUUUGGCUGCACCAUGGUUAGAUGCUUACUUAAUUUUGUAAUUGGUCCAGCUGUCAAACUCAAUCAAGAUCCACACAAAUCACAAUUUGGUUUUGUCUCAAGGAAAGUUCGAAGUCCGGCCUCAGCCUACACUUGUCUACUACAUGGAAUGAAAAUGAGCUUUCUUUGUAAGUCAAGGAAUGGGAAAGGACAACAUUCUCUAUACUUGUCUCGUUAUUCUCUCUCCCAGCCAUUUCUGCUAGGUGCAUAACAAAUCCUGGGGGUCUUUCCUUAGGGAUUCUGCUAUAAAAUUGCAAAAGCAAUCCAAUCCCCCAUCCUGGGCUGAAAAUUGAAAAUUGGCAGCAAAUGUCAACAAAUCCAGUGGACCAUGCCCACAUAAGUCCCCAGGGAGAAUGGAAUGACCAUUGACAAUUGCAUAAUCAUUAGACCUCAGAGUCAUUUUGUAGAAGGUGCUCCAUUAGUAUAGUAGUAGCCUUUUCUUCUGUUACGACUACUGUAUGAUACUUUAGUAAAAACUGGCAACCAAAAAGUCAGUUUUGGAUCAACUGCAAAGACAGCAAGAAUGCAUCAUACAAUUUCUUCUCCCAAGUCAUUUGCUCUUGAAGAUGCAUGGGUGCUGUCCCAACAAAGUUUGUCUUGAGAACCUACCUACCGACCUUGCCUCUUCGAGCUCCAUUGCGCAUAAGACCCCUGUCUUGAGAAAUUUGACAAUUAUUAUUAUUUUUUUAUUUUGUCUUAUUUGUGACUUAAACCAUUUUUCUAAGCACAGGAAUUAUUCUCUGUCCCAUAGCUUGCACAGCGAAACACUCCAAUCCAUCCAUGGAAUAUCUCAAAUCUUCCUGAGGGAUUUUCUUUGAGCAUCAAAAGGGAUGACUUAACUGGCAGCACUUUGUCUGGAAAUAAGGUGAAGUCAUGUAAUACACACAGUUUAAACAUACCUCACUUGUGAUAAAAAGUGCUGUUAAUUCUAUCAAAGGGCAUGUCAAAUCUUAAUAAGCUCUUAGGUCAUGCUAUAAAUAUAUUUAUUAUUCAUUCAAAAUAUUUCUCUGUUUCUGAUUGGCUAAAAUCAAAGGCAUAAUUCAUCAUAACCAGCUACUGUUGACCAAAUUUGGAAGAAUUUUGCGACCGAGCUAAGUAUGUUUUAGCUUGUUUUUAAACUUGGAAUUAUUUUGAUUGAAUAAUAAAGCAGUAAUUGAAUUGGGCUUUCACAGGAUAUGAAGAAUUCUGCAGAUCUUGGUGGGUGUUACCCAGGCCAAACACCCUUCUUGAUGUGCAGAAUUCUUCAUAUCGUACGAAAGCCAAAUUCUUUAAUUGCUAAAUAUAUAUAUGUAAAUAUUAUAAAAUUUUGUGGGAAACAGUAAGGAGAGAAAAUAUUACUAUUUUGGAGGUUUCUUUGUUAGCAAAUAAUUCCCCUAUUGUGCAACUUGUUGUCAUUAAUCUCAAUAACCAUAGAGACUCAUGAUGUUCUUUAGAUAUGACACUCUGAGGUAGAGUUUGUGUACACUACUCCUACCAUUUCUUUUUGUUCCUGUCAAACCAGUAUUUUUAUACAUGUAAGUUGAUUCUCAAUUUUGAUUCUCCUUUUCUCUUAGCCCUUAAUUAUUCGUGAUCAUGAAUAGUUGCAGUACGUUACAGUACAUGGAAAUUGAGAAUCAACCUAAGUUAAUGAUUAACCAUUUUAACCUGAACGAUUUUUUUUUUACCUAUAACAUUUACUCCCUAGUCUUUUCAUAAUUGUUUUAUUGUGUGCCAUGUUAUAGGUACGGAAGUUGGAGUUUCUUUUAGCUGAUGCACUGAAUAAGAAGUGCGACACUAUUUUUACAUGUGGUGGAGUGCAGUCAAAUCAUUGUAGAGCCACUGCAGUAGCAGCAAGACAGCUUGGCUUGGAUUGUUAUUUGUUUCUUAGAAGCUCUGAACAGGUUAGCUGUGUAUGUUUUCUUGUAAUGUGCAGAAUCAUGAAUGACCACCUUUUUACAUCAGUCACCUUUAUGCCCCAUCCUCACAUUAGCUCAUAUAUUUACUGCUAUGGGAACCAGAGGAACAUUCUUGCCACAAGGAUUGAGAGCCAAUAACAAAUUCAAUGCAAUGUAUGGUUUCACUUCCACAAUAUUCCAACCUGGGGUACAUUAAUAAUUAUUUGGAUGUGCGUGCAUGCUCUAACUCUUGCACAAGUCUUUCCACCACCCUUGUGCUGCCAUUUUGAAUCCUACAUUAAAUUUAUUAAAAGGGUUAUAAUUUCGUAUGCCUCUACACAGUAGCCACCUCAGAACUACUGGUAUACACAAUAGCAAUCUACUGCACUAAUCACUAUGUUGCCUUGUGUCAUUGUGUCACCAGGCACAAAUAUUCCAACACAGUCAACUAGCUGGAGCACACUUUUAAAAACCUCUGUAAAAAGGACACCUACUGUUGGUUGCUUCCCUUGCUGUUUUCAGUCAUUUUCUGCAACUAGUUUCUCUAAAUGUGAUGGACACCUUUCUACAAGUCCCGAAAGUUGUUCCUGAUUCCCACUAUGUUUAUCUUAACAUAUCUUAUCUUUCUGUUAACUUUUAAACUACAUGCAAGUGCCCUCAUGGGAGUACACUGUAGAACAUUGAUUCUUGUUCAUGUUGAUGCAGUCUACAGAUAUUGGAUGUAAAGGAAAUCUUUUUCUAAACAAAAUGGUUGGAAGCCGUAUUAUUGUUGUUCCAAAACUCCAAUAUAAAUCAGGCCUUAAACAAAUGAUGGAGAAAAUGGCAGAAAAAUUGUAAGUGGCUAUUGACUUAAAAAGAGACUACAAAAACCUUUUUUUAUAGCUGAAACAUUCUUAGUGGUAUACAUUGUAUGAUAGGACUUCUGGAAAAAGAUCAGGAAACCCUACACUUGUAUUGGCUACCCACAAAUUAUAAACUUAAGGUUUUUUGUCCCUCCUCAUCAAAAGAAAUUUGAUUUCUAAUUUCCCUUUUUGCUUCUAUUAUUAAGUACACUGAAGCCAGUGAAUAUUUUUUCAUACUCAUUGAAUAAUAAUACCUGUUUAUAAUUACAUGUAACUGAUUUUAAAAUAUUGCUGGUCAACUCAAAAUGUCCUCAAGGGCCAAACCAUAUAGCAGUUUCAGUGUUGUAUUAAUUGUUAGUCUCAUUUAUUUUCUCAGAAAGCAACAGGGAUCCUCAGCAUAUUUGAUAGAGAUAGGUGGUUCAUCUUACACAGGGAUGUUUGGUUACUUGACUGCAUUUCAAGAGAUGAUAGAACAGGUACAAGUUAUUUGUAUGGAAUGGGUUAUGUAACAUGCAUUUUGUAUGUCAAAAGAAAAUUCAGGUUAAUAAUUUUUUUAACCUGGGUAGAUUUAUUUCCUUUGUUUCCUAAACCGACAUGAAUUAUUCAUGAACUGGGCUUAAUAGGAGGCAAAGAAAAUUGAGUAAAGUAGGUUUAAAAAAACUGAAUUUUAUUUUGCCUAUAAUACAUGACAUGAAGCUAUUCAAAAAAUGAUUUCUAAGGUCUAGUAAGUGACUUUUCAUCUCAAUAUUACUUUCAAUGUCUCCCUUUUUUUUCAAGUAGACAAAACAAAGGUAAGUUGAAUAGAAAUUCUACAUUGUUGCACUGAUCAGAAUGCCUUUGACAGAACUUUUUUCCAGAAGGAAGCAUCUGAAAUGUCAAACAUGGUUGCCACAGGCUAAUUGAAUUAAGGGUUGAUCAAUCCAGAUCCAUACAUGUAUAUUUUUUAAAUUAUUUUGCUUUUUUUUAAGUUGUAAUUUGUGAGAUCUUAGUAGUUUUUACUUAUUGUUUGGAUGGUUUUCAUAUUUAUUCAGAAUGUGUUGGAAGAUUAUGAUGAUAUUGUAGUUACUGUCGGCAGUGGAGGAACAGCAUCAGGAAUUGCUAUUGGCAAUUACUUGACUGGCUCAAAACUCAAGUAAGGCUCCAGUUUGCAUUUAAAUAUUAAUAGUUAUUUAGGAUCAACCAUGCAUUUGCUUUGUUAAAAGAGAUACUUUUACUUUGCUCAAAAUGUGGUCAGUUUUCUAUGGAUUAUGACUAAAUGCCGAAAAGAAUAAUUGCCAAUUUUCUGUAUUUUUUUUUCUCUGUUUUGGAAAAUUUAUCAUAAGGGUUGAUAUAGAUCCUUCAAAGGCAAAAUUGCUCCAUGUUUCCCACCUACUUUUAGUAACAGAGGCGGUUUUCCCAGCAAAGCAAAGUAACAUACUGGAAAUUAAAAAAAGUACAAAAUGAAAGUAGAGUAUAAUAUAGAAAAAAUAAUUGAAGCAAAAUACAUUAAUGUUUCAAUUUUAAGGCCAUAAUAGUGGACUACUUGGUAAACAAUAAACAACAACAACAAAUAGAAAAAAAUCACUGGCCUUUAAAAGCAGCAUUAAGGCACUUUCUGGUCAGUCAAUAAGAAAUGAAGGAAGAAAAGCAAAGCAAAGCAAUUAAACUGUCCCUAUUGCAGUUCAAAAACUAUGUUUGCUUUUCUUUCUGCUUUUCUUCUGCUCUUUUGUUGGGAAAAGUGAAAUUUUGUAUCUUUAUGGCUUGGCCAGUAAGAUUUGAAAAGAAAUUGUGGAUGUUCUGCAAAGGCUAAUUAAAGAGAUCUACUGCUUCUUAAGGAAUUGUUCAUGAGUUUACAGUUGAUACUUUUAAUCGGCUGAACUUCCAGUGGAGGGAGUUACUCCCUAUAAUGGCCUAUUUGGGGAGACUCCCCCCAAAAGGGUACCAUUUUUUGGGCUUCAGCAGGGACUUAGCCAGCCCAUAGACCUGUAGGCCCAGGCCUAAAAAUUUUUGGUUUGAUCACUCUACCACUUGUAAUAAACUAUGUGUUGUUGGGGUGAACCAAGAAGCUUCUAUAAGACCUCAAAGUGUUGGUGAGGUCAGUGUGUACUAGUCAUGCUUGCAAUUUUCAGGAUAUGUGGAAAUAAAAGUCAGCCAGGCCUACAACUAGUCAAAAAGCUGGCGACACCCCUUUUCUGGUACAGUGUAUGUGAAAAGCUAGGAAUUUCAAGUAUACGAAAGAGUAGGGAAAUCGGUGAUUUCGGUCUCGCUGUAACUAAGGAUCAAAAGGGCUGACAUAUGCAUUAUUUUUAUGGCUAUGAAAUAGUUGAGAAAAUGUUCUGGCUUUGGGGUUUAUUCAUAUGAAAAGACAGUGAAUUUAAAAGGCCCUAAAAGGGAUACAAAGUUCUAAUCUAGGUAUGUGAAAGGGAUACCAUUUGUCAAUAGAAGGUAUAUGAAAGGGGGACCUUUUCUGUAAAAAAAGGUAUAUAUGUAAAUGGGUAGGGGAUUGGACCUUCAGGCAAAGCCUCUCCGUAUAUAACUUUGUAAAAAAAAGUUAAAGCUGAGAAAAAUUUUGCCUCUUUUCAACUUUGUAGAUGCCAUGCAGUCAAUGUGUCGGACAAUGCAGCUUACUUUUACAAUAAAAUCAAUGAAGACCUUAGGAGUGGGGGAAUUGACGUCAAAGCAGAAGAUAUUAUAGAUAUUAUUGAUGGAUACAAAGGAGGAGGAUAUGGUGUGUCAGCUCAACAUGAACUAGGUGGGUAGGACUGGGGGAAUUGACGUCAAAGCAGAAGAUAUUAUAGAUAUUAUUGAUGGAUACAAAGGAGGAGAUUAUGGUGUGUCAACUCAACAUGAACUAGGUGCACGCAUGUUAGGACUAGCUAAAUUGUUUUUCAAGAAGAAGGCGAUAUUAUUGACGGAUGCAAAAGGAGUGUGAGUAGGUGCAUUCAACUGCUCACGGGAUUGGUUGGGAAAACAAUGAAUAAACAAAGUUGAGAAUAGACCUUAGCCCCGAAACAAAAGAGCUGCGACAUAUCGAGUUACAACGAAAUUUAAUGUUCAAUCGAUAUGAGGCAGGUGGGUAGUCUGGUGGUCAAACAGAAGAAGUGUUUGAUAGAGGGAUCCAUUUGUGCACACUGUUAAAGUUGCUUGGUAUAACAUUGUAAAAUAAUGCACAUUAGACCGUACCUGCAACUCCCAAAGCAUCCCCCACUAUCCCCGACUCUUCUCAUAGGUUUGCCACUUAAUUUAAUUCGAAAACGUGGGCAAUCUUUCUGGCUCCUUCAAUUCACAUGACAUACAAAUUACAAUACUACUGCUUCCAGCUAAGUCUUUGGCAAUAUUACCCUGUGACGUCAUAUAUUCUGUCAUGUUACCAACUUCAAAGACUUUGAGGGGAAGGGGGAGGGAAUACAUGGCCAGAACUGACUGAGUCACUAGUAAAAUACAAUGUAGUAAUUGACUGAGACGUUUGGUGUGACACAAUAAGAGGUGUGCAUUGUAUUAUGUUAUCAAAUUGCAGAGAAUAUUAUUGAGAUCUCAAGAACAACUGGAAUAUUGGUAGAUCCAGUGUACAAUAUAAAGGCAAUUAGAGGAAUGUUAACAGAGAUGAAGAGUAAUCCUGGCAGAUUCAAAGGAAAAAGAGUACUUUACAUCCAUACAGGUACAAGAUUUCAUCACUAUCUUCCUCAGUCUGACUGAGGGUUUAAUUAAGGCUUUCUCUCUGUUGAGAAGCAUGUUGUAAAUUCAAUAAUUCACACUCUUAUGUCAAUUGCUACGCGAAAUACAAAUUAUUUGCUGGUUGUCAUACUGUCGAUAGGUAUACAGAGGUAUAUAGGUAGGGAGGUAGGGAGGUAUACCUAAUGCUAAUGUCACUAAUUGGGCACUGAAAACAAAAAUGCAUACUGUAUACUUGCUUACACUGUACAUUGACUUAAAGUGAUAUGUGACGGGACCCACCAAUCCGGAGAGUCCAUUGGAUACUAGUAAGUGCUGUUUUUAGAUUUCUUAUCUCGCGAUAUUAGCUGUGUUCACAAACGUGCUCAGUCCAACAUCGCAGUUGACCUCCGAGACAUUGUUUCCUUGAAUUGUUUCUCACAGCGUCCAAGGUUCUUCAACCAGUUAAACUCUCCUCGCCAAACACUUCGCCGACCUCAUUCGCCACAUCUCUGCUCUGAUUGGUUGAGAAUAUUUUGGCGCCACAAAUGAAUCUAUAAAUAGCCUGAAAAUCUAUCACUCUAUGACCCAGGCCUUACGGUGUAUAAGACAGAUUUGCGCCCCUGGGCAAUUGGCUUUUGUUAAUGAUGCCAUUUUUUUUUGUUUUUUAGGUGGGGUGUUUGGUUUGUAUGAUGGUAGAAUGGAUUCACUGAUCACGCAGUCUGCAGAAGGAACCAAUCAGGUUUUUUAUUGGGGAGAUAUCAAUGAUUCUUUACCGUGCUAACAGUUAAAAAAAUAAAUAACAGAAACAAAAAGUAGAAGGUAAAAUGCAAGAAAGAAACCGAUGACCUCGUUCUCAGGGCUCUUUCCUAAUUGUCCCAUCGUGCAAGAGAUGGAGAGAGACAGACUGCUAAGAGGGACCCCAAUAGCCGGGUUUUUCGAGAUGCGGGAUUUGCCUUAUUUGAAUAUCGGGAUUCGGGAUAUUAAAGCAAAUGGGGGAGAGACUCGGGUGUACGUGGAAAGAAGAAUUUUUACCCAGUAUCAAACGAGAACUCAAGGCAGAGAUUCUAGUGAUUUGAUUUCUCAGUCGGUGUCUACUACUAAUAAUUAUUUCUAUGAUCUAUGGCUUUUUUUUAUUGCUUUUUAACAUAAAAUUGUAAGUAAGACUUUUUUCUUCUCCAUUACAUGUAGCUCAGCACUUUGGUCACUCCGC